UGUUCCUUAUGUGUAGAGCCUCGUAUAAAGUAUUCUGUGUCAGGAUGACAUCGGUUUGUGAAAAUCAAAAUCGAUUUUUUCUCAAACAGAUUUAAAGAUUAAUUUACAGUUGUUAGUAGCAAAAGUUCAGGAAGAGUAUCAUUAGAAACAAGUGAAGAUAGAGUUAAGUUUAAAUUAUUACUUUACAUUUCCUGGCCAUUCAUUCGACUCACGUCACUACCAUUUCACUGCAGUUCCAUGCAUUGCGUUUUUAAUAGUUCGUAUCAUUAAUAAUUUUAUAAUAAAAUUUAUUUUCGAAACUUAAUGUUAACACGUGUAUAUCAGAGCCCUAUCUUGCAUAUCUAAUAUCUGGUACAAUAUCUUUAAUGUGAGAUUUUCCAUAGGAGAAGGCAAUCAUUGUUUAAAUUCGCCCCCUUCCUCCAGGAAUUUUAGUUCCUUGAAACAAGCUUGAAAAGAACCGUUCUAACUUCAUCAUGCGGUAAUAUACAAGUAGACAACGGUACGUAGUCUCCAUUGGUUCAUGGCAACAGUAAGUGACGAUGUCGAAACAAGAAAAAAGAUAUGGAAAAGGUUUUUAAAAAGGGUCAACACAAACAGACGCUAUAAAAACCAACCUAACAGUGGAUUCUCCAGUCUAAGCCAACGGUUAUAAACGAACAAACACAUGAAAUCGUCGUAUUCUUUGAUUCGCCGCGUGAACACCAGGAGCUGUGAGACAUGGACCUUCAGCCCAGAUUUAUACAGAUGCUGCAGCUACUGGUAGCCGUGGCUCUCUGCGUUCCAUCGACAACUGCGCAACAUCUGAUAGCAUUUUUUGUUGUUCAACAGCCUCCUGCAGUAGUGACACUUAACAGCGUUCCGGUGUCCGCCACUCACAUUAAGCUAGGCCCACACCCACUGUCAACUGGAGGUGCAGUCGUAGCACCAGGAACGCUUAGCACAGCGGCUCUCAUUGGUCCAGUCAACGUAGAGAGCAUUGUUCCAGCACCAACUGACAUUCAGAAUCUACCACAUCUGGGUGCACAUCAAAUAGAUCCAGACGCUUCCACUACCGGCGUUCCCAUACCAAUUCCACUGAAACUGUUCUUUACACGUUUCCCGCCAUUUAUUGAAACAAUCGUUCAAAAAAUUCAAAAUUAUUUUUCUACUUACAAUCACGCAGAAAGUGAGAAUAAUCUAGCUUCGCCACCGUAUAAUACGCCACUGCAAACAACGACGACGACUACGCCAGCGCCGAUGUCUGCAACAAUGAUUGAGUUGCCCUCCACAACAAUUACCUCGCCCCUUCCUCCAAAUACAGGAUCAGAGCCUGGAAAUCGCGACCAAACAGAUGAUGACACUUCGCCGCCCCCAUCCUUCACUGAACCGGAGGACAAUAAGUGGUAGGCUACAUCCAUUGGUGUACAACUCUUUCAUAUCCAAAAAGCAGGUUUCCAGAGAUUCACACAUCAAGACUAUUAUUAACCACCACCAUGAUUUAUAUUUUGUGCAGUUAGGUUUAAAUUAUAUAUUGAUUUAAUUUUAUUGACAAAUACACUUCUAAAUUUCACACAAUGUUUUAACGUCGUAAAUCUUAUUUCCAAUUCCUUUUGUCAAUCUGGUAACUGAGUUUCCACUUAAUUGUUUUAAAAAUACGUAAAAAAAGUCUCGUAAUAACUCAGCUAACAAUGACGUAACAGUAUGCGUUCUGAUGAUGUGGAAUUUUAGUACUGGAAAAGUAGUCCGUACUAAAUGAAAAAUAAAGCUCACGAUUUCGAAACACUCGAGGACAGAAGUUCUAGAGAAAUUCCUAACGUUUGUCCUCAUCGCAAUGCAUAUGACAUCAAAGUGUAAAGUAUUUUGUCUCCGAUUACAAAAGAACAUCUACAACGUGUUUAACCCAUUUGACUUUUUCUUCAAGCAAAAACUUUACCUACAAUAAGUAAUGGUCACCAUAUACUGUAAAGACGAUCAAAUCAAACACAAUGAUAUGGGUGGAACAAAUGAGAUACGCAAGAGUUUAGUCAAGAAGCCUCAAGAAAAGAAACAUUACUUGAAAGUUCAAGAUAUACGUAGAUCGGGGUAAUAUUAAGAAUUAUCUUAGAGAAAUAAUGUGUGAUGGUGAAGGCUAGAUUGAACUGGUUCAGAAUAGAAUCCAAUGCCUGGCUUUCCUAUUCACGACCGUGAACGUAUGACAGCCUUAAAAUCAUGACAUUCUUUGACCUGUAUUUUAAUGUUCUAUUACCUUCUUAAAAUAUUUCUUCGUAACCGUUGCAUUUUAAAUCAACUCUUCAACCUGCAGUUUUAUUACGGAUUAAAAUCAACGUAGCCUCUUCCAGA